GGUCAAGUUAAGAUUCAAAGCGUUGAUUGAAGAAGCAGCCUAAUGGAGAGCAACAGCAAUAGCCUAUACUUCAACGAUUGGAGGCUUGUUUUCAGGAUGGAUGAGCUGGGCAUAGAAAUUGCACAGAUCGCAUUUCCUGCAGCACUGGCUUUAACAGCUGAUCCAAUUGCAUCUUUAGUGGAUACUGCAUUUAUUGGGCAAAUAGGUCCAGUAGAACUUGCUGCUGUAGGAGUUGCUAUUGCAGUGUUUAAUCAAGCCUCACGGAUUGCAAUCUUCCCACUUGUAAGUGUUACCACAUCAUUUGUGGCAGAAGAAGAUGCAACAUGCCAAGUACCUACUAAUGAAUUAACUAACUUGGAGUUGGAAAAGGGAAUUAGAAAAGAAGAAGAGAUGAAAGAGUUGUUGCCAAAAGUUGAUUUUGCAGAAGCAUAUAAGUCUUCAUGCAUUUCAAGCAUCGAUCAAAAGAUGAAGGAUGAGAAAAGAUACUACCCAUCAGUGUCUUCUGCAUUAGUAAUUGGUGGAGUUCUAGGCAUCCUUCAAGCAACUUUACUAAUUAUUGGUGCAAAACCUAUCUUAAACUUCAUGGGAGUGAAUUCUGAAUCUCCCAUGUUAAGUCCAGCACAAAAGUACAUGACUUUGAGGUCGCUUGGUGCACCUGCAGUUCUUUUGUCCUUAGCUAGCCAAGGGGUAUUUCGUGGAUUUAGGGACACCAAGACCCCUCUUUACGCAACUGUGGUUGGAGAUGCAAUAAACAUUAUUUUAGAUCCCAUUCUCAUGUUCAUAUUCAAGUUAGGUGUUACUGGUGCUGCAAUUGCUCAUAUUUCUUCUCAGUACUUGAUUGUGUGCAUAUUGUUGUGGAAAUUAAGCACACAAGUUCAACUCUUACCAACUAGCAUCAAAGAACUAGGAUUUGACAGGUUUCUGAAAAGUGGAUUUCUGCUACUUGCCCGAGUCAUAGCAGUAACAUUUUGUGUAACACUAUCUGCGUCUUUGGCUGCCCGUCAAGGAGCAAUACCAAUGGCAGCAUUUCAGAUCUGCUUGCAAGUAUGGUUAGCAACUUCACUUCUUGCUGAUGGCUUAGCAAUUGCUGGGCAGGCAAUACUUGCAGGUGCAUUUGCCAAAGGAGAACAUGAUAAGGCAAGAAUAAUUGCAUCCAGAGUCUUGCAGCUUGGUUUUGUACUUGGAUUGAUUCUUUCAAUAGUUCUUGGAGUUGGCUUGCAGUUCACAUCAAGAUUGUUCACAGAAGAUCCUCGUGUUAUGCAGCUUAUGCAUAUCGGAAUACCUUUUGUUGCCGUAACUCAACCUAUUAAUUCAAUGGCCUUUGUGUUUGAUGGAAUCAAUUUUGGAGCAUCUGAUUUUGCCUAUUCAGCAUACUCUAUGGUUUUCGUAGCCAUUUUAAGCAUCUUUGUGUUGCUGAUUUUGUCAGCCACAUAUGGUUUUGUUGGCAUCUGGAUUGGGUUGACAAUUUACAUGGCUCUUCGAAUGAUUGCAGGAUUUUGGAGAAUUGGGACAGCAAGGGGACCUUGGAGUUUCUUGAGAAGUUGAUUGCGUUUGCUUCAACAUUAUUUUUACUGUACCCAGUUAGCAAGUCAAUAGUGAAUUGUGAUGCCUCAAGUACCAAGAAAGGGAAGGUAGAUGUGGAAAGGCAGAUGAAGAGAGAAGCCACCCCAUUAUUUUAUCACAUAAUGAGGAUUCAUGUUACUUCUAUGAAUGAUCUUGCUCUUUCAGCAA